GCUUAUAUUUCCCAGUAAACAUGAACGCAGCAUUCGUUCCAACAACCGCUACGUCCCCUCCCCUCAUUCUCCGGCGUUGCACACGCCGUCCUCAGAACGAGCCAGACGCUUCACUCACUCAGCUCUCUUCUUGUCUGCUGGCCUGAGUGGGAGGUGGACGUGUGGAUUGAGCCGCUCGUGGUGGUCGUGGGGGGAAAAAAAAGAAGAAAAAAAAAAAACCACACACACACACGUUUACGUGCGGAACGUGCUGCUCGUCUGCCAUUCCCCUCUCGUGGAUGUGAGGGAAAGCCCCCCUAUCACAGGACAAAGCAUCCUUCAAUUCCACGCGUGUGUGCACCGUUUUUUUUCCCCGAGAGUGUGUUGCCUCCCAACUGAGACCCCCACUGGUUUCUGUUUUGUUCUUAGCUACCGUGAACAGCACCAUCGCAGGCGUGCUUACAUGUGAUGAAGUCCCCUAUUGCAGCGGCAUCGUCGGGCGACGUCAAUCUUAAUUAAGGAUUUUUUUCAUUAUUAUUUUUAAAUACGUCAGUGUUUCAUCUCAACACCAGUAUUGAGAGAAACUGAAGAAGAAGAAGAAGACGGCAGCGAGGUUCCGGAACGUGGCUGCUUGGUGAAACAUCCAUGAGCUCCGAUUUUUCACACUACAGUUUCAGGAUGCCAAAUAUAGGGUUCCAGAACCUGCCCCUUAAUAUCUACAUUGUUGUUUUUGGGACAGCCAUUUUUGUCUUCAUCCUCAGCCUUCUCUUCUGCUGCUACUUAAUAAGGUUACGGCACCAGGCGCACAAAGAACUCUAUGCAUACAAACAAGUUAUUCAGAAGGAAAAGGUGAAAGAGUUAAAUUUGCAUGAGAUAUGCGCGGUGUGCUUGGAGGAGUUCAAACAGAAAGACGAGCUGGGGAUUUGUCCGUGCAAGCACGCCUUUCAUAGGAAAUGCCUCAUCAAGUGGCUGGAGGUGAGGAAAGUGUGCCCGCUGUGCAACAUGCCCGUCUUACAGCUUGCCCAGCAGGCUGGCACCACGGAACCUCCUGUGCCAAUCCAGCAGCCUCUGCCCGGUGUCGAAAACCUGGUCUAGUGGACCUGAAGCCAAAAUGAGGGUGACACUAUACAUAUAAGUAUAUACACACACCCAAAUAAAUACAGACGACCAGUCGGCUGUAAAGGUCCAAUUAUUUGUGACUCUGCGGACCCACCUGGUGGGAAAGACGUGCUUAUCUUUACGACAUAAAAAGGGUUUUUCCUCAACUUGCUUGGAUUGAUCAUCAACUGUGGAUUAACUUUUUCUUUUUUCUUUGUUGGACACGGAAAGAACGUUGAUGUGGUUCACAACCAAAGCACUUUUUUUCUGUGGACACCAGCUGAACAGGAGGACGACAGCGAACACAGCAGCCAAGAUCUACAAUACACGAAAUACUCUCUUUUUUUAUUUUAUUGUUUUUUGUUUUGUUUUUAAUUAUUAUUUAAUAAGCACUUUACAAGAAGUCAAAACCUAAUUGCUUGCAAUUGUGGGUAGCAAUGGUAUGUUUUAUAUCAGAUUUUUGACCAUUACUUCCAUGUUCAACUUAAAGCCUCGCAGGUUUUCAUUUUUAAUUGGUAAACUUGGACUAGAAUCACAAGUCUCAAAGGGAAAAAGUAAUAAUUUUGUUAAAUGUCUGCAAGGCUUCAUACAUUUUCAUUUCUUUCCACACAUGCUUCGAGCUCAAAAGAGACUUCAAUCCAUUUAUUUGAAAUGAAAGGAUUACACAUGCCAAACUCCAUAUGAAGUGCCAUCUUAUUAGUCUUUACUUGUAUUAUUAUUAUUAUCCGACUGUUUUAAUUGAUUUGUAUUAUUCUGGCAGUCCAGAAAAGUGUUUCACUAAUAAAUAAACUACCAUGUUUCCUCAUAUAGUGGCUGUGCGCCAGAGGCGGGGGCACUAAUUUCUCAACUGCAGAGUACCGGCCAUCUAUUCGUAGUAAGACAUUUAUUUGUGAAAAUAUAUAUAAAAUAUUAAAAAUAUAUACAGAUAUGAUCAAAUCAUUUUUUUUUUUUUUUCCCACAUAUCGUCGCUAUCGACGGAAUACACUCUGAUUCAAAAUCAGAAUUUUUCAAGAAAUUGGGGGGGUGGGGCAUCUUGCUUGAGUUACCAAACACUGCAUUCUUCAAGUUGGUAUUAUACAUUAUAUUGAUAUCAUAUAUAGUUGCACACGAACAUCAUCACAACACAAUCCUAUUCAAUCACUAAUUGAAUUUGCUUAAAAAAAAUACAAAAUAAAAAAAAAACGCUAACUUCGCUGUUAUUGAUUAAAAUGGUAAGAUAUGUCGCCGGGACCAGCCAUCCACAUCGUCGAACUCUUUUUCAAAUGUUCUAAUUGCCAUUAGUGAAGCAAAAAAAAAAUAUACCAUGAUGAACUGACUAAGAAGUGCAAUAGGCCGAAAUGUAUCUAUACGCAACUUACCUUUGUGGCGGACUCGUUCUCUUCUGUUCCGAAGCAUUACAGCGAUCCAUUUUUAACAAAACAGGCUUACUCAAAUAUAUUUACCCUUACUCUUUUCACUCAUGACCGCCGAGAAAACAUCCAGACUUGACAACUCAAUCUUGAGUUGAUAUAAUGUCGCUCGGCUCCCGCAGACUGAGGGAAGAGGCGAAGUACUACAACACUUCUCAGCCAGUUCAAGUGAGUUAACAGAGUUGUUCUUAAGCUAUUUUCAAAAUUAGUUAAUAAUUUUUCAAAAGGGCAGACAACGUGGGCAUAGAUCAUUAAUGUUGAUUUGUGGAAAAAUGUAAAAUUGACCAUUGUGACGCUCCAUAGCGACGAUAUACAUAAUUGUCUGAGAUGUGAUGUUAAUUUAGUCAUAAAUUAGUUGGGGCGUGGCGCCUAUGGGAGCAGAGGCCAUUAUUUGAGGAAAUAUGGUACAUUUUGAUUGAGGACUUUGUAGUGUAAUAACGUCUAAAUGUGAGAUAUUGUUUUAUUUAACUCAUGAAGAAAACAGCUAAUUUUCUUAACUAUAGCAACACGAGUUCACAUACUGUGAAUAUAUAAAGUCAGUGUUAGGGAGUAUCCGCGGCUUCAAAAAAAAAAAAAAAAAUGUUACAAACACGAAUGACACUUAUGGUCAUUCAUUCACCUAAAUGUGUUAAAGAAGCACUAAAAAUGCAUUGGAAGCUGCCAUUUCAUGUGUAUUUUUGUUUUAUUUUUUUUUAACGAAACUGACGAGGUCCAUGAGGACUCAUGUACCUCUCUCCCUACUAAGGGAGUUGCCUCCUGCUAGAGUCAGUGCUCACUGGAUGUAAUGAAGCAGCAUUUCCAUUCACACACACACGAUGCAUCAUUCUCGAGCUUUCGCUUCACUCUCUUUCUGUUUGAUACUUUUUUUGUUUUGUUUGGACCACUGAGCCCUGCUUUUUGUUGUGGUUUUUGUGUCCCCGGUUGUAAGCUGCUCCCGUGAAAAGUGCUGAUCACUUUAGUGAGCACCAGUUUAAAAAAAAAAAAAAAAGGGAAAGGCACAAUCAUUAAAAUCCCAAAAGGUGAAAAGCAAACCCUAACCCAUUUUAAAAUAAAUAAAUGUACUUGAAUUAAAUAUUGUGAGAUUAUAAUUAAAAUGUGAAGCAGGAUUACCAUUCAACUUGAAUUACAAAAUGCCAUAAUUCACCUGGUUUAAUUUCUCUGUGAUUUGCUUAUUGUGGAAUUGAACUGGGAAAAUGACUGAUUGUGCCUUUAACAAUCCAAACAAACAGUCAGGGCUGCCCAGGUUACACACACACGACAACACGCUUACACAUAUUAUAAUGUGUUGUUAUAUGCAAGGUGGCAUCUCACAACUUUGUCGCACACAUAACAACAUUGGGAACAAGUAUUUCUCUACAUUAGCCUUUUUCAGAACAAAAAAAUGCAUCUAUUAGUUUCUUCACUGUAGUUUAGGAUAAGGUUUCCCUUGUGAACAUGAAUCAAAAAUUCAUUUGCCGAGAAAUUGUGUGCCUGAUUGAUGAUCAAUAGAAUGGCUUCCAACAUUUUAUUUGGACCCCUAAAAAUGUCCCCGUAGCCCAUUUUGGCCACCGAACCACAGUUUGGGAAACCCUGACUUGAGAGAACAAAAAUGGCAAUAUUGAGAGAACAAAAUAAGCAACAAAUUGGCAGUUUUUGCGAUGGUGUGUGCUUAAUUUUUUUGUUUAAUGUAAAGGCUCCAUCACUCAACAAAUGUUAAAAAAGAAUGCUCCUUCAAAUGUGAUUUAUUGUGACAACGUGUCGUUCACUGCUAACAACACAAGUCUUACGUCUUUGUAUGUAUCCCCCUUGGUUCAAUGUAAACGCAUGCUAACUCUGUGUACUGAUUAUCACCACUGUAACAUGUUCACAUUGUUAGUGUGUUGAUGCCACAAAAUGACCUUUAAACAGGGUACACACAUACCUUUUAUUUUUAUUUUUAUUGUGAGAGACCGCACACACCACAAGGAAAAAAAAAGCGCAUUUAUUUUUUUUUUUUUUCCCCCCUUCUGCUCUGUGGUGUGACGUGUACUAGAGAUGACCAACACAGCUCACCGCACAUAUCUCCACCGAUGAUUGUGAGUCUCCUCCCCCAAACCAGAUGUCUGUUGUAGUACCAAGGCUGACCCGUGAGAGGCAGCAUCGUGCCACAUUGCGUCCACACUGAUGAAAAGUACAAAGAAGGAGAAAUCAAUGAUGCUAGGCUUGACUUCGCUAUCGUAAAUGUUGAACAUGUUUAACAUUUGCGAUAGCCCAGUUAUACUGGCCCAGUUAACAGAAUGUGUGUACCCUGCUUGAAGCGAUCACUUCCUGAUAUUUAUCGGAAACACUACAUAGAUCCUAAUUCCAUUCGAAGUGCCAAAGGAAUUAAAAAAAAAAAAACAGAACAUUUCUGCAUUUUUUUUAAAAAACAAAAGUGAUUGAAGAAAGCAAAGAGAUGAAGCCAUGAAUACUGGAGGUGUGUUACACAUCUUACGCUUAAACUCUGAAUACUUACUGAAGGCAGUCAAAUCAGAGUUUCAUUUGAAUCUUGGUGGAUGCUUUGAGGACAAGUGCACUCGUUAUUUAUUCCUCUGUAGCUUUGUUGUGCCCCUCCCACACAGAAAACAUUGUGAAAAAUAAUAAUUUCCAAUAUAACAAUCUUGACUUUGUUGUUAACAGAUGUUCUGUUUGUGGACUUUCACAGACAUUGUAAAACUAAAAAUUCUGCAGCAGAAUAUUUUUGAAGAUGAUGAUAAUAAUAAUAGCUGUACAGUAUUUGUAAGCUCUAUUUUUGUAUAUUGCUAUUUUGAGGGGAAUGUAAUCUGAUUUGUUUUCAUGUUCAUGUUUUUAUUUGGCUAAUUUCAUGUUUAUUCGUUUUAAAAGAUACACAAUUGCAUGUAACUGAUUUGAACUGUAAUAAAGUUUACAAGAUUUGA